AUGGCUUCUAAUUCUAGACCCGGUAGUAGUUUAGGAAGUGUGAAUUCUCAAUUUCAAUCUAGUAAUAAAAGACAGAAAGAGAGUACUCCUUUAUGGGCUUAUGUAACUUUGGUUCCUCAAGAAAAUGAAGGGGAUGGUGGAAAUAGAAGUUGGAAGUGUAACUAUUGUAAUAACCAAUAUAAUGGCUCUUAUUCUAGAGUUAAAUUUCAUUUGUUGAGGAUCUCUGGAAAGGGUUUUGCUAUAUGCCCGAAAGUUGAUGAUAGUUGUUUAGGUGAAAUGCGAAAAGCUCAAGAGGAGGCUGAGAAUAGAACAAAACCAAGACAUGUGCCAUUGCCAACUCCAACUGAGAGCUUGUCUCCUUUAUGUCAAAGGGGUUCUACCCCUAUUCAAAGUGAACACAAUCAGGGAAAAAGGAGGGCAAUAAAUACAAUAGAAAGAGCUUUCCAACAAGGAGCUAGAGAUAAUUUAACUGCUGAAAUUGCUAGAAUGUUCUAUUCAGCUGGCUUGUCUUUCAAUUUGGCACGUAACCCAUAUUUUAUUAGUGCAUUUCAAUAUGCUGCCAACAAUGUAAUUCCUGGUUUUAAACCUCCUGGUUAUAAUGCACUAAGGUCUACUUUGUUGCAAAAAGAAAGGGCCAAUGUUGAAAAGCAACUUGAAUCAAUUAAAGGGACUUGGAAUCAUAAGGGGGUAAGUAUAGUUACGGAUGGUUGGACAGAUGUACAAAGAAGGCCAUUAAUUAAUUUUAUGGCUGUAAGUGAUGGAAGUCCUAUGUUUUUGAAGGCAAUUGAUGCAACUAGUGAGUAUAAAGAUAGAUUUUACAUGGCUGACUUGAUAAAGAAAGUGGUUGAAGAAGUGGGGCCUCAUAAAGUUGUUCAAGUAAUUACUGAUAAUGCACCUAUUUGUAAAUCUAUUGGUAAGAUGGUGGAAGAUGAAUAUCCUCACAUCUUUUGGACACCAUGUGUGGUGCAUACACUUAAUCUUGCCUUGAAGAAUAUAUGUGCAGCAAAAAAUACAGAGGCAAAUGAAAUUGUUUAUGGAGAAUGCUGUUGGAUCACUAAGGUGAGGGAUGAUGCAGUCUUUAUCCGAACAUUUAUCAUGAAUCAUUAUAUGAGAUUGGCCAUGUUUAAUGAAUUCGUGCCAUUAAAAUUGCUUGCAAUAGCCGAAACAAGAUUUGCAUCAACAAUUGUGAUGUUGAAGAGAUUCAAACUUAUCAAAACUUCUCUUCGUACACUGGUUAUUAGUGAAGAAUGGAAUGCUUAUAGAGAUGAUGAUGUUGGAAAGGCUGCUACUGUGAAGGACAUAAUUCUUAAUGAUCUUUGGUGGGAGAAGGUUGAUUAUAUUCUCUCUUUCACUAAACCAAUUUAUGAUAUGUUGAGAUUUGCUGACACAGAUAGACCCACACUUCAUUUGAUUUAUGAGAUGUGGGAUUCAAUGAUAGAGCAAAUCAAGGAAUCAAUUUAUAAGCAUGAGAGAAAAUCACUUUCUGAGUACUCUUCAUUUUAUGAAGUUGUUUAUAACAUCAUCAUUGAUCGAUGGACAAAGAGUGCCACUCUACUACAUUGUCUUGCCCACUCACUGAAUCCUAGGUAUUAUACAACACAAUGGCUUGAAGGUGGACUAAAUAGAGUCUCUCCACAUAGAGAUGCCGAAAUAUCAACUGAGAGGAAAAAAUGGGUAUUAGAGCCUAAGGCUUGGUGGAGCAAUCAUGGUGCUGAUGCUCCUAAACUUCAAGGGACUGCAUUGAAACUUCUCAAUCAACCAUGCUCAUCAUCUUGUUGUGAAAGAAAUUGGAGCACUUACUCUUUUGUUCAUUCACUAAGGAGAAAUAAGAUGCUUCCAAAAAGAGUAGAGAACUUAGUUUUUGUUCAUUCAAAUCUUCGUCUUCUUUCAAGAAAGAGUGAGAAGUAUUCUACUGGAGAAAGUAAAUUGUGGGAUAUUAGUGGAGAUUGUUGGGAAAUAGAUGAUGUUGAAAAUCUUGAAGUUGCAAGUUUAUCUCUAGAUGAGCCAAUUUUGGAGAGAGAACUUAUAGGAGAAAGUGGUGGUGUCAAUGAAGAUGAGGAAGAUUAG